AUGGCGGCCGCUGUCCAUACUCCCGUUCAACCAGAUAUUCAGUAUCAUCCGGACUACGAGAAGUAUACGGCGCGGGUUGCACGCCGAAAGGCUACGGAGGAGCUUUCUAAGUCUCUACCUGAGGGGUUCCCGCAGAAGUUAGAGUCGCCCUUGGUGUGGGAAGGAAAAGAUGUCGAGAAGCGCGAUGAUUGGAUCUUCAAGUUGAAUGAUGCGCAGAGGGAGGAGAUCGAUGCGGCGCUGAACAGCUUCAAGGCCCUCAAGCUGAGCCUGGGAAACAUUAAUGCUGAGACAUUUCCCUUGCCCAACCUUGGCCCAACUCUACGGUCGCUCUCGAAUGAGAUCCAUAACGGUCGGGGUUUCUUCGUUCUCCGCGGAUUAGACAUCGACCGCUAUUCUCGCGAGGAUAACAUCAUCAUCUAUGCCGGUGUAUCUUCGCACAUCGGGAGUAUCCGCGGGCGCCAGGAAGACCGACGUUUUAAUGCCAACGGCGGUUCCGUAGUUCUGUCGCAUAUCAAGGACUUGACGCGGACGGCAGACGCAAACACGAUCGGGGCUCCGUCUAACACGAACGAUAAACAGGUGUUCCACACCGAUUCGGGCGAUAUUAUUUCCCUUCUCUGUUUGCAUCCUGCCGCUGAAGGUGGUGAGAGCCAAAUUUCAAGCAGCUGGCUGGUAUAUAACAUUUUGGCGAAAGAGAGACCAGACUUGGUCCGUACAUUGUCAGAGCCAUGGCCGGUCGACGGAUUCAAUAAUCCCGAGAAGCCAUACACCACUCGCCCCCUUCUGUAUCACCAGAAGGCAACAGAGACCACUCCCGAGCGCGUCCUGAUCCAAUACGCUCGUCGCUACUUCACCGGAUUCCUCGCCCAGCCCCGGUCGACUAACAUCCCCCCAAUUUCAGAGGCGCAAGCCGAGGCACUCGAUGCGCUUCAUUUCCUGGCCGAGGAGCACAGUGCCGCCUUGGAUUUCCAGAAGGGUGACGUUCAGUAUAUCAACAACCUGAGCAUCUUCCACGCGCGGAAGGGAUUUCGGGAUGAGCCUGGGAAAGAGCGCCAUCUUCUGAGACUCUGGCUUCGCGACCCGGAACUGGCGUGGGAGACACCGGAGCCACUGCGCGGGCGAUGGGAGAACGUAUAUGGGGAUGUCAAGGUGGAGGAGCAGGUUUUCCCCCUGGAGCCCAAGCUGCGCAAAAGCCUGACAAAAGUAUGGGGCAUUAGCAGUGUGGUGUACAACCUGAGUAUCACCAUCUUCUGUAUAGGGUUUGCAUUGGCGCCCAUGGUGUUGGCUCCGUUUUCGGAGCUGAAUGGCAGACGGCCGAUUUUUGUUGUUAGUGGCAUCGUUUUUACAGCAUGUAUUAUUGCAUGUGGUGGAACUCAUUCUUUUGCCGGGUUUCUCGUAGCAAGGUUCUUUCAGGGUGUCGGCGCUUCGACAUACUCGACUAUGGUUGGUGGUGUCAUUAGUGAUAUCUACCAUGCGCAAGAUCGUAACACUCCUAUGGCUCUAUUCUCGGGGGCGGCGCUAUUUGGUACAGGUCUCGCUCCACUCUUGUCCAGUGUGAUCGUCUAUCAUACCACAUGGCGGUGGAUUUACUACUCGCACGCGAUUGUUUCGGCCGUCUUUGUCGUCAUCAUUUUCUUCUUCUUUAAGGAAACGCGCGGUAGCGUCAUUCUUAGCCGCAAAGCCCAUGCGCUGAACAAAUACUACGACGCACUCGAGGAUGCGGGCCAUGUAGGCGUGGUCAUGGCUGAUGAAGAGUCAAAGGAGAAGCAGUGCACGAAGCGGAUCCGGUGGAAGGUCAAGAGCGAUGAGCAGCGAGCAUCCCUGGCGCAAAUGAUCAGCGUUUCUUGCUAUCGGCCCUUCCACAUGCUCUUCACCGAACCGGUGGUCUUUUUCUUCUCCUUGUGGGCUGCCUUCAGCUGGGCCGUCUUGUAUCUCCAGUUUGGCUCUGUACCACUAGUCUUCAAGACGAACCACGGUUUCAACGUCGAGCAAACCGGUGCCGUGUUUACAUCAAUGUGUGUCGCCGUCGUGAUCGCCACUAUAAUCAGUAUCUAUCAGGAAAGAGUCGUCCGCCGAUUCAUCCAGCUUCCCGAGACCCCGGAGAAGCGCCUCUAUUUCGCCUGCGUCCAGGCUGUUCUCAUGCCCAUCGGUCUGUUCUGGUUCGGAUGGACGUCGUACUCAUCCGUGCCUUGGAUCGUUCCGGCGAUGGCUGUCGGGUGUGCUACCAUGGGCAUCCUGUCGAUCUAUCUGGCUGUUUUCAACUAUCUGGCCGAUACGUAUCACCGGUUUGCUAGCUCGGCAAUUGCGGCACAGUCUUGCUGCCGGAACCUUCUGGGUGGUGCUUUCCCCCUUGUCACCAGUGCACUAUUUACAAACUUGGGGUACCCCGCGGCUUCUAGUUUACUGGGAGGAAUUGGAGCCGCAUUAACACUUGUACCGUGGGUCUUAGCCUUCUACGGACCCAGGAUUAGAGCCAAGAGCAAGCUCGCUAGUGAACUUGCGCAUUAA